AUAAAAAACAAAUAAUUAUUAAAAUAUUAUUAAAAACAAAACUACAAAUAUUACAGUAGUGUUGUAGUAAAUUUCUUAAUAAAAACAUAAAUUAUUCCCAGUGAAAAGCUAAAAAUACAAAAAUAUGCUUAAAUAAAACCCUAAAAUUAUUUUGAAAAACUACCUCAAAAGUGUAAAACAACAACAAGUGUACAAAUAUUUAAAACAACAAAAAAAGCUAUUUUAUUCAAUAAUAAAAAAAUAAACAAAAACUAAAGCACAAAAGUUAAGGUACAAAUUUCAUGCAGCCACAAACAAACAAAAAAAAUAUUUCAGUUAAAAUUUAAUAAAAAAAUUGUUUUUUGGAAAAAAGUUUAACGAAGGAUACACACAUUUUUCGAACAAUAUACCACUACAACUACAACUGCAAGUUGUAAGUAAAAUAAAUAAAAAUUUCUGACUGACCCCUGUUAAGAGUGCUUACAACAACGGCCAUGCAACAGGGUAAACUUAAAUGGCGUCUUCAAUAGUGGCACAAUCCAGCGGCGGUACACAAGAAACGUCUGCAAACUCUCUACUGCACCAUCAUCAACAGCAACAACAACAAGCCCAACAACAGCAGCAGCACCAGUUGCAGCAACAGCAACUUAAUCAGCAACAUCACGUUACAUCUGCUUCUGCAGUUACAUCCAGUAAUUUGCACAAUACCCACUUGCAACAUUUAAGCAGUCUAAGCCAUCAUUAUACACACGCUUAUCAAGCGCCCUCAACGGCCACAUUUCAGCCGCAUCAUCCUCACCAGCAACAAUAUCAACAACAUCACGUUGCCUAUCCGGGCAUACAACAGCACAGUCAGCCACAUACACAACAGCAGUUGUAUCAGCAACAUCAGCUACAACAGCAACAACAUUGGGAUUAUUAUGCGCGGCAGCCACCGCCCCAGCAACAACAACAGCAGCAGCAGCCUCAACAGUCCCAGCAAACACAACAGCCUUUACAAUCGUCUACACCCACUAGUACCAGCAAUAACUCAACGUCAACUUCCAAUAAUAAUGCCCCGACGGCCACAAAUGGUUCAAGUUCCGUUGCCACAGUCGAAAGUCAAAAUGGUACCAAUCCAGGAAAUAACAAUUCUAGCAGCAACAACAACAACACACAUGCCAGUUCGACCAGCAAUAGUAAUACCAAUGAUUCUGUAAGUUCUCAAACUAACGGUUCUAAUAACAAUUACACGCGCCCUUGGGAAAUGGAGUCCAAAGACACAAACAGCAACUCCAGUUCCAAUCCACCACAACCAAAGAGUGGCUUUGAGCCAUUUUCAAAACUGCCCUCCUUCUCGAGUCAAUUCCAUGGCUUCGAUCAAUUAAUGGCCGAUGGCACACCCAUACCGCCAACGGCCUCCUCCACCACAACUGGUCUUAAUCCAUCUUUGAAUUCUCUGCAAACAGUGGCCAUGUCACCAGCCAGUAUAUCGGUUAGUUCACCGGGUAUGGUGAGUGUAGGUUCCCCUCUCACUCAGCUGUCGAGUUUGCAAACAAGCAUAACGCCACCGACGACGGGGUUUGCACCUUUGGGUGCACCACCUCCACCAGUGCCGGCCAAUGCUUUUCAUCCUCAUCACCGGCCCGCAUAUCCAUUAGUGCCAGCGGCCUUGCCAGCUCGUGAUAUAGCGCCAAGUUUAACCAGUUCGGUGGCCAGUAGUUAUGCUUCCGAUCCGCUACUAUAUCAACCAUUGACACCUUCAUAUGCUCCUCCCACGCCCAGUUCAUUAGUACCCCCCUCGAUACAAUCCACAUCAUCAUCACUGUCUUUAUCGUCAUUGUCCUCACUGGGCAAAAAGGAUAAUUCUAUGUCAGCAUUUGAUCUCAAUACAAAUUCAAAUGGUUCACACAUGAGUGCUACUACAUCGAAUACGCCAAAUACUAUAGCCACGCCACUGGGCAUGCAUACGCCCACACCUUCGUACGAUGGUGCCAGCAGUUCGUCAAUGAUGGAUAUUUCCAAUAGUGGAGUAGGUGCUAAUAAUACUGGUUAUCAUACACCCCACUCGACCCACACUAGUACGGGAUCUCAUACACCACACACAACCCAGCCGCAUACGCCCACUCCCUCGACAACUACGCCUCUGAAGGCGGACAAAGUUCUAAACUCGCCGGUGGCUAGAGUGGAUGCCCGAAAGAAAGAGAGGCGGAAAAAUCGGGCCCAUUCGCUGGAGUCCAGCGCCGAAUCUGAGGCCAGUGCCAUGGAUGUGGACCCCAGCAAUCCCGGCCAAGUAGAUGCUGUCUCAAGUACUGCUAAUUUUAAGAGUCCCAUAAGUAGUUUGGGCAUAGGAGACAGCAAUGAUGGUACCGGGGAAAAACAGAUGCCUUCUAACAUUUUCCAGUCAAAAAAGAAACGUAAACGUUGUGGCGAAUGCAUCGGUUGCCAGCGCAAAGAUAACUGUGGUGAUUGUGCUCCCUGCCGCAACGAUAAAAGUCAUCAAAUCUGCAAACAACGUAGAUGUGAAAAACUGACCGAGAAAAAGGAACCUAAAGCCAAACAAGUUGUUUACGGUCCUGAUGGUACACCUGUGCGUGCUGAAUCACGACGAGGUCGUGGUAAAGCUAAAAAUCCAACCGGAAAUACAACACCAACAACUGGGACGGGUCGUGGUCGUAAACCAUCUGCUAAAGCUGCAAAAUUAAAUGCGGCCGCUGCUACAGCAACUGCGCAUUCUCCACGUCAGGUUGCAAAUUCAACGAUUAGUCCAGUAGCUGCCACAACAGUGACGGCAACAGUAGUGCCACAUCCCUCACCAAAUACGAAUACCAAUAAUAAUACUAACAACAACAAUAAUAAUAACAACAAUACGGUGGUUGCUAAUAAUUUGUUGGUAAAUAAUACUCAACAGCAAUUAAAUACAUUGCAUCAUCAACAACAGCAGCAACAGCAACAAACAAGUCAACAGCAGCAACAUAUACAGCAACAACAGCAAAUACCAAAUAAUCAACAAUUGCAACAGCAGCAACAACAACAGCAUCUAACACAAACCUCUAAUCAACAUACUCAACAACAACAGCAGCAGCAACAUCAUUUAACUUCACUACAUACUCAACAGCAACAACAACAACAUCAACAAUUAACGCAACAACAGCAGCAGCAACAACAUCAUCAACUUACUACUCAUACUCAACCUCAACAACAGCAACAACAACAACAGUCUCUGCAUCAUCAGCAACAACAGCAGCAACAAUCACAACAGCAACAACAUCAUCACCAUCAACUUCAGCAACAUCAAAUAACCGCACAAAUUCAAACCAUGAAAGAUCAACCUCAACAACCUAUGGCACCCAUGGCCUUUUAUCCCACAUGGCAAGCUGAUCCUUCACAGGGUUGGCAAAAUCAAUUCAUCCAACAGAUACCACAGAAUACACCAACCAUUACAUCGCUCAACUCGUUGGACUUUCAGACACAAUCAUACGGUUAUCCAUCAAAUGGAUAUGUACAGACUGGUCUAGGAUUUGAUCCCAACUAUGGUCGCUCGCCCUAUGGAGCGCCCGUACAGCGUUAUGAUUUCCAGAGUCAACAACUAUCCAGUGCACCUAUAAACCAGGUCGGUUUACAGGGUGUAGGAUUCGGGCCGGCCGCAGUAACGUAUGCCGGCCAGGUAUCAACCACACCUGCAGCACCUUCUGCGGUGGGUCUACAGCAACAGCAACAUUUGGGCAGUGUUUCAGAUCUCAAUAAAACGAUGUCGGGAAACGACACGCCUGGAUAUCCACGGGUGAGCAGCGUGCCGCCGCGCUCACUCAAUUGUAACGGAUAUUCAGGCGACUAUAGCGGCAGUCCUCAGCAGACUUCAAAUUCUAAUAGCAACAGCAAUACAAAUGCAGCUGCUCAUGCCACCGUUGCAGCAAAUAACUCCACUUCAUCCUCAGCGUUAUCGGCAUCCGCCACAGGUCACAAUGGAGGUCAAACUAUUGCUCAUAACACAUCGGUUUCACAACCGGCAGCUUCUCCCAUGUUGGCUCCAAACAAUCAAACUGUGCCACCCUCCCCCACACGCAGUGUCAUGCAACAGCCUCAGUCUCAGCCGAUGACACAACAGCCACGCCAUGUUUCUCAGUCACCCAAUCAGAUUCCACAAUCACCUAAUGCCAAUAUGCCAUUAACGCAACAACAACAACAACAGCAACAGUAUGGUGGCACAACCAUACCUGCUGCUCCUCAUCAUAGCGUGGCCAGCAUGCAAUCCCAGCAGCAAACUCAUGCUAAUAUUGCUUCUCCACCCCAACACCCCCAACCCAUGCAACAAGACUGGAAUUGGAAUAGCCAAUCACAGGCGGCCAAUGAUCCGUAUCAACAGACCACUGGUCCUGGUGGAGAACGUUUAAAUCUCAAUACUCGCAUUAAAUCCAUGAUUAUGCGUAAAAACGAUCCAAAAGAUCCGCUUUCUGGUACGGCACCACCCGAUAUACAUGGUAUGUCCGGGGCACCACCUCCACCCUUGAGUGGACUCAACGCCCCAAAUGCCAACCAGCAACAACAACAGACCGGUCAUUUUUUAUCGUAUAGCCACCAUCUCCGAAGCGAUUCAGUAAUGAACGCCAAUGGUUCGAAUGGUACUAGUGGACCUUCGGCUAGCCAGCAAACACAAUCAGGUCUGGCAGCAGGAGGCUCACUGGCAACUGAACCAAUCGGAGGUGGUGGCGACCAAAUUUGGAAACCACACCACGCAAACUCUUUUAAGAAACCCGUGGUAUCUGGUUUUCCAACUGCGGAACCUCAUCAUCAUAAUCAUCAUCCACACCACCAGCAACAACAACAUCAACAACAACCCAUUGUCCAAACACCUCCACAACAUACUACGACCGCUCAUAGUGAACCAAAAAAGUCCCGAAGUAGAAGUAAAAAGUCGUCAUCAUCCUCUGCCUCAGCGACAGCAUCAGCUACAGCCGCCGCAGCUACCGCCGCCUCCAAUAACAAUCAUGCAAAUGCCGAUAAUGCAGACAUUGAUAAAAAUAGUCAUGAUCCUGGAGGUGGUCAUCAUCUGGCCCAUUUGGCAAAUAUUAAGUUAGAAAAGAAUGCUCCCUAUCCACCUCCACCCUCGCAUUAUCCACCACAGCAUCCGGAUUAUCACCAUACACCGUAUAUUAAAACUGAACCCGGCUUAAUACCGGGUCAACACAAUAAAAUGGAGGGUUACGAACGCAACUACCAGAACUUUGUGCAAUAUGCCGACUUUUGUCAAAAUGAAGUUCAAGGUCAGCCCAAUUCCGGAUCCCAAUCCGGAAUGCCUCAACAACCUCCACAUCCACAUCAUCAAAGCCAACAGGAUUAUGCAGCGGCAGGCUAUCACCCCAAUACCGGUUACUAUGGCACAUCAUCGAGUUUUCAGCAGAACUAUCAACAAAAUUUCGUCCCCAAUUAUCAACAUUCAGCCUCAUCUUUUGGCAAUGCCCAUGGUAUGCAUCCACAUGCAAACGCCAUGACCCACAGUCAUACAAAAUCAAUGAACGGCCCUUUAGCUAAACACCAUACCUCCAGCCUUCACCAUCACAACAGUCAUAUGAUGGAUGUGGAUCGUAAACCAGAAACCAAUAGCAUUAUACCGUUGCCAACCAACUAUGAAAAGGACAUACCAGCUCAUGCCUAUCCCAUACCACCGCAUCGGUACCCGCUGGGACAUGCGCCUCUCCAUGGUCACCUAGGUCCUGGUUUAUUGGAGCCUAAAAUUGAGAAUAUCGAUAGUGGUUAUGGUGCUACUGCUUACCCUUUUCACGGUGAAGGAGGUCCAGCAGCUAUUAAAAAUAGUACUGGAUUCUCCUGUUGUCGUCAAGGUGGCACACGUGCUCCCACUGCAGAACAUCUGAAAGAUGGUUCCUGCACGGGCAUGCAAACCAAAGACGAGAUUAUAAUGGAAGAAGAAGAGGCACAGGCGGCCAACCAGAAUGGUGCUAAACCAAAGAAAAAGAACAUAAAGCAAGAGGAGAGCAACGAAAUCGUUGUUAAACAUGAAAAAAUCAACCCUCUUUUCGAUACUUCGGAUCGUUUGGAAAAGGGAAAUAAAACAGAGGUUCCGGAAUGUGAUUGUUUUCAAUCUGACAAAAGUCCACCCGAACCUGGUACAUACUACACUCAUCUUGGUACUGCUUCAAAUUUGGCGGAUUUGCGAAGAGAAUUCGAAGAAAGAACCCAAGUUUCGGGUCGUCAGUUGCGUAUUGAAAAGAUAUUGUACAGUGGUAAAGAAGGCAAAACUUCUACAGGUUGCCCAUUAGCCAAAUGGGUAAUACGAAGAGCAGAUCCCGAAGAAAAGAUUCUAGUCGUUGUUAAAAAGCGUCCUGGUCAUAGAUGCAUAGCUGCCUACGUUGUAGUGUGUAUGGUUGUUUGGGAUGGUAUGCCCCGUUUAGAGGCAGACAAUGCUUAUAAGAAUCUUAUACCAAAACUUAACAAGUUUGGCUUGCCCACAACACGUCGCUGUGCCACUAAUGAAAAUCGAACAUGCGCAUGUCAAGGUCUUGAUCCCGAGUCAUCCGGUGCAUCUUAUAGCUUUGGCUGUUCAUGGUCCAUGUACUACAAUGGUUGUAAAUAUGCACGUUCCAAAACGGUACGAAAGUUCCGCCUUUCGGUCAAGAGCGAAGAAUCUGCCAUUGAAGAGCACAUGAAUAUGUUGGCCACGAUUUUAGCCCCGAUGUUUAAACAAAUGUGUCCACGUUCCUAUGACAAUCAAACACGUUAUGAGAAAGAAGCACAAGACUGCCGUCUUGGCAACAAGGAAGGAAAGCCAUUUUCAGGUGUUAGCGCAUGUUUGGACUUUUGUGCCCACGCCCACCGGGACUUGCAUAAUAUGCAAGAUGGAUGCACGGUCCAAGUGGCAUUACUGAAGCCAUCAAAUCGUGAUGUUGCCAAUCCAGACGAUGAGCAGCUUCAUGUCUUGCCUCUAUAUACAAUGGAUACUACUGAUGAAUUCGAAACAAUUGAAGGGCAGCGAGACAAACAUCGAACUGGUGCAGUUCAAGUACUGGACAAAUUCCCCUGUGAAGUGCGUGUUCGUUCCACACCUCUUAUACCUUGUCGUAGACAUGGCAAAAAACGUAAAGAGGACGAGACAACACCAUCAGAAGCUGAAAAUAAUGCGGCUACACCUGCUCCUGCUCCAACAACAGAUGGCAGUGGUAAUGCUCAAACGACUCCAAAUGGCUCAACACAAGUUGCAGCUAAAAAAGACUCCAACGGUAGCUCAACAAACACUAAUGCGAAUACAGGCGCCAACAACAGCCCAACUGCAGCGACUACAGCUACAGCCCCGGCUUCAAAAUCAAAAUCGAAGGCAAAAACGCAACAGUCAACGACUACAGCAACAUCUGUACCGCCCACAACACCAUCACCUCGUUGUCAAACUCCAGUCACAAAUAAUCCCAGCCCUGCAGGCAGUGCAUUCACGACACCGCCCGUUAGCAACAAUAACAAUCAUUCCAAUUCCUCAGCCAGUAACGGCAGUACUUCUGGAGGUAACAACAAUCAACUUAUGUCGUCCAAUUCCAGUCUAAUGAAUAUGGCGACUAUGAUUGAUACAUUCACAGAUGCCCAACUUCAAUCGAAUCAAAUUUCGAGCACGGUUUUGGAUUCGCCCUACUCCUACGACUAUCAAACCGGUUCCUAUAUAGACUCGCGGAACUACUACGGAAACUGGCCUCCACCACCGCAUCCGCACAAUCCACAUGCUCCUUCGCAUACGGUGACACCCAUGGGAGCAACAGCACCUAUUGGUCCGCCUACAGCUCCAGCAACACCAAAUGUAAAUGUUAAUGCCAUGGCGAACCUGACAACCCCCAGUGGUGGCGGUCAUCAGACACAGACUUCUCAACAUUCAACUGGUCCAGCACAAAUCGAGGGCAAUGGUUAUAACACUGGGUGCUAUAACAAUUUACCGACUGCAGGCAGCCAACAAUUGACCCAGGUCCAUGACGUACGCGGAGAGGUUAAAAGUCGAGGCAGCGAAGAGAACCCCGAUUCCACCACAUUAGUCAACAAUAGCUUAGCGGCAGAAAGUAAGUUAACUACUCUUACUCCUAUGACACCAAUGACUAAUCUAACGACUCAACAUCAUCCUCAUGCUCCUCCUCCACCUCAUCACCCCCAUGCGUCACCACUUGAAGAAGGUUUUGUCAAGCCAAAGCCACCGACUGAAUACUCUCAGUACUCCCAGUAUCCAAACAAUUAUCAGAUGUAUCCACCACCUCAUUCUGCAUAUUCAGCUUACGAUGCCUACCAGAAUAUGAACUACAAUUACGGCUAUCAUCAGGCGUAUUCACCGUACGGCAUGUAUCCCCAGCAAACACCACCACCCACGCCACCACCUUCGGCCAAUUGGAAUAUGUAUGGUCAUCAUCAAGGCACGGCGAGUACAGUCACAGGCACUCCAUAUUCCUCAGCUCCACUACCACCCUCAGCAACUGGACCCAUACAUCAAAGUGGCCAAAUGCUCAAUUCAAGUCCUAUGCUACCAGUUCAAACGUCACUGUCGAAUGGCAACACGAAUAUGAAGGUAGCAAAUGAUGGUGGCGUUCUUACUCCUCCGGCAAUGGCAAGUAAUAAUAACACACCACUCUGCGGCCAGAACACAGCAUUAUCGAAUCCUCAAACCAGUUUAACUGAUCUCAACAAUACCCCGGCUUCGAAUAACAUCAAUGUGGAAACUAAUGCACCAGCAAACACUAGCGCAGGACUCACAUCUCCCGAUAACAAUAUUGUUAAUGGGGGCAACAGCAUGACAGCAGCUACUACAAACCUUACAUCAGCAUCAAAUGACAAUACAAGCAUGAGUGCAACUACUCCCUCGCCAGUUUCGAUGGCCACAGACUCAUCCAAUCCAGCCUGUCCCCCCACAAAUAACAAUCCCAAUAAAAUUGAACCAAUUGGUGAAGUUACUGAAUUUAACGAAAACCUUGAAGCUUUUCAAGAUCCCCAAAUGGGUGGUGUGGCAAUAGCUUUAAAUCAUGGCAGUGUCUUGAUAGAAUGUGCCAAACACGAAAUGCAUGCCACAACUGCUCUAAAACACCCCAAUCGUCACGAGCCGACACGCAUGACUUUAAUCUUUUACCAGCACCGUAAUCUUAAUAGAACCCAUCACGGUAUUGAUGAGUGGGAGGAAAAGAUGCGUGUGAAGAAGAUCAACACCGACUUGGACAACAAGGCGAAAGAGGAGAAAGAAAAAAUAAAAAAAGAACAAAACGUCGAAAACGAAGACGAUGAAGAGGAUGAAGAUGCUUCCUCAGCAGCAGUUGCAAAUGCAGCAGCCAAUAACACCGCUUCAACGAAAGCAACACCGCCAAAAAAGGAAGUUAAUACAAGUGGUAGUGGUAAUGGUAAAGGCGGCAAUGGAAGUGGCGGCGGCGGAGGAAAUGCACCCUCCGGCGGGAAAAAGAAAAAAGAAUCAGCUAAAAAAAAUGGUCAAAAUUCGCAAAACAAUAACAACAACAACAGCAGCAAUAACAAUAGCAACAACAAUGGCAGUGAGCCAAAAAACGAGAAAGUUGCCCUCCGAGCACCCACAUUAACAACAACUUCGUGGACAACCCUGUUUCCUAUGCACCCAUGUGUGGUUACGGGGCCUUAUCAGGAGGGCAACAGUAGUCCAACGUCCACAACAGUUCAACAGCAGCAGCAGCAACAACAACAGCAGCAAAUGCUCGAACAAACACCACAACAACAGCAAUUGCAGCAACAACAACAGCAGCAGCAACACCAACAGCCUAUGCAAACAUAAAUUUCCAUUAAAAUGGAAUGAUUUUCGUAAGAAAUCCAAACUUCAGAGAGUUAUCGAAAGCGUAAACAAACCAGUGAUUUCCCGCUUUCACUUUCACAACAUUUUCGACUGAAUUUUUUUUUGUUAAACAUUUUCCAAUUUAGGUCUUUUCGACUUUUGUGCCAUAAUAUUAAAUAAUUAAUACUAAAUAUUUUUAUUCAAUUAUUACUUGUAAAUUUUCUUGGUUUUUGACGCGAUGCGUCGUAUGUUUUGUUCGUUUCUUCAUUGUUAAUUAAUUAUUUGUUUGCAAACGAUUUUUGACAUUUUUAUUUUAGCUAAAUAAUAGAAGUUCAUUUUCCAAUUAAAGCCAAACCAUCGAUUGAGUAGAGUUAAAAGACAGGCAGGUUUUUUUAGAGAAGAUCUUGCCCUGUAGCCAGCCUGAAAUUUAUUAUAAUUUAACCCCUUAACUGACUGCUGGGUAAAAACGGAACCAUUUUAAGCAUCACUUAUAAACAAAGACAUUUAUUACAUAGAAAUAUAUAUAGUUUUAAAUUCAUUACAUAAAUACAUAAAAAAUAUAUAUAAAACGCUUUUUAACAAAAUAAAAUAUUUAAUUAAAAAUAAAACAAACAAAAAACUACUAA